CUUUAUUAUGAAGUGAGUGGGGUUUUGGGGGCUGCUGCUUUUUUAGUAAGAGGUUGCAGAGCAAUGGCAGCACCCCAUCCUUUUAUCUUUCAAAGGUUACAGCUAUACUUAGAGCAGUGUGUAGUGUAGACACUGCACACCCAGCUAGCAUGUGUAUAAAUAGUAUAGACAGAGAGGUACAGCUUAGGUGAGUAAAGCUUCCUACACACCUGAAUGCCCAGAAAGCUCCUGUGUGGCUCUGUACAUGCCAGGCAGUGCUUCCCACCUAUGUGCUACUGUUUUUAGUAGCGCAGUGUCCUGCAUUUAGUAGCGUAGGAUCCAAUAGUGAGGAAGUGGGGAAAGUCCUUGGCAGCAAGGAAAGGCCUGCUGCCAAAGCGUUUCCCCACUGUGGAACCCUUUCCCUGCUGCUAGAGCCUUGCAAGGUACAUUAGUAGUCCCUGUAGUCUACACACCACUUUUUAAGAGUAGAUGUAGCCAAAGUCAGCCAGGAAGCACUGUAGCUCCUCCCCUCUCUCCUAACCAUACCUUCCUUCCUCUCUGCCUCUUAAGCUAGGUGGCACUGUGCUCUUCCUAGCGUGCAGCUUCAUGGCCUCGCAGCCAGUGGCUAGAGUAUGGGACUGAGAAUUAGAACUCUUGGGUUCUCUUCACAACUGUGCUCUGGCUCACUGUGUGAUCUAGGGCUUUCCCCUGUUUGUUUCAUUUUAAAUGGGUAUAAUACAUUUUGCCUAAUUCCCAGGGGCUUUCAGGCGGAAUUAGGACUUGUCUACAUGGGGCUGUUAGUGAAGUAAACUAGGAGGCUAAUUUAAAGCACACUAGCUACUCUCUUUUCACCAGGUAGACAAGCCCUUAGUUAAUGCUUAUAAAGUGAUUGAGCUCUGUGACUGAAAGGUGCCAUGUUGAAGUUCAUGAGUUCGCCCAGCCUCAGUGAUCUGGGCAAGAGAGAGCAGGCAGCCUUGGAUGAGCGGGGGACCCAGCAGCGACGGGCCUGCUCCAAUGCUACCUGGAACAGUAUCCAUAAUGGAGUAAUAGCAGUGUUCCAACGUAAAGGGCUCCCAGACCAUGAACUUUACAACCUCAACGAAGGAGUUAGGCAACUACUGAAAACUGAGCUGGGAUCCUUUUUUACUGAAUACCUGCAGAAGCAGCUGCUUACAAAAGGCAUGGUAAUACUGAGGGACAAGAUCCGGUUUUAUGAAGGACAGAAGCUGCUGGAUACCUUAGCUGAAACCUGGGAUUUCUUUUUCAGUGACGUCCUGCCCAUGCUUCAGGCUAUUUUCUAUCCUGUGCAGGGGAAGGAGCCCUCGGUUCGUCAGCUGGCUCUCCUGCACUUUCGGAACAUUAUAACCCUCAAUAUUAAAUUAGAAGAUGCCCUGUCACGUUCCAGAGCCAGGGUUCCACCUUCAAUUAUUCAGAUGCUGCUAAUACUCCAGGGGGUUCACGAAUCUAAAGGAGUGACUGAAGACUAUUUGAAACUGGAAUCCCUGAUACAGAAGGUGGUUUCCCCUUACUUGGGCACAUAUGGUCUGUAUUCCAGUGAUGGACCCUUCACACACUCUUCUUGUAUUUUGGAGAAGCGGUUCUUCAGACGUUCCAAAUCAGGUGACAUCCUCGCCAAGAACCCCGUGGUGAGAUCGAAAAGCUACAAUAACCCACUGCUGACCCCUGUAGCUGAGUAUGAAACAGAGGUUAUUGCAGCCAAUGGAACUGGCAUCCGAAGGCACUCAGUUUCUGAAAUGACCUCAUGCAUGGAGCUACAAGGGUACUCCAAUCUCACAACCAUUGUGGACAAUGGUUCCAAAAGCUCUAUGACGACCACAAAGAACUCACUCUCAGGAGAACAAGAAAGGCCCACUGCCAGUUCAGUGCAAUGUUCCAGCAAACUCAAUGCAAUUGAGCAGCAGCAAGGACUCUUUCACACCAUGGGUGAUCAAAACAGGGCUUUUGAGCUGGCCAGGGACCCUGCCUUGAUUCCAGUCCCUUCUUCCAGCCCCGAGAAUAUAGUGGACCAGAUUUUGGAGUCAAUUGACUCCGAUUCUGAAGGAAUUUUCAUAGAUUUUGGCCGAGGUUGUUCAAAUUCAUCAGCAUACAACGUGGAUAUGAGCAGACAGAGCAUUGUGUGAUGGACAGGAGACAAAACCUUGGUUUUAUUAUUAUAUACAAGUAACUGAUAUGUUCGGCAACACAGCAGGGAAUAGAUAUACAUACAAGGCCAAAACCUCAGCUGGUGUAAAUCAGCGCAGUAUUAAAAAUCAGUGGAGCUAUAGUGAUUUACCCCAACUGGAGAUAUGGCCCCUAAUUUUUUUUUAAACCACCAACCUAUUUUCUUCUCAUCAUUCUGCAGUAAGAUUUCUUACUGUCUUUGUAAGAUUGUGGAUUGUUUGUUUUCUGAAUGGAAAAGAGUCUAAUGAAAGCUGUUGGUGCAGCUGGAUAUGUGCAUUUACUAGCAUAGUCCAUUGUAUGGCUGCAUUCACCUUUAUUUUUAGUUGUCUUGAAAGAUUCCUAUAAAAGUGGAGGUUGCUCUUUGAACAACACAAUCUUGGCUGGAAAAAAAAACUUAAAAAAAAAAAACCCCAAAAAACCGAACAAACAAUGUGGUCAUAAAUGUAGCAGAAUACAAUGAUUUAUAGUGACUUUUUUUUUCUUUUCUUGGUAUGUCUUGUCUGGACUCCUCUAACCACUGUGAGUUAGGAUUAUUAAGAAAAAAAGGUAAAAUAAACAACAAUGUGCUACAUAAUGUGAUGCAGUGCCUGGCAUCUAAUGUUUUGUUUCACAGCCAAUACAGUGUCUAGGUGAGAGAGAUGUCCUAAAACUGGAUUUUAGGACUGUGUUAAUUUGCUUUUAAUGAGACACUUCAAAGAAUUGUGUGCAUUGUAAACUCUUGGACAACUCUCCAUUCUAUGGUGAGGUCCCAGCGGAACACAAGUUACUUGUUUUCUGUGUAAAUAAAGUUAUGGGCUUUCAA